GCUGUGAAGUGGCAAUGUCAAGUAUUUUUCCAUUUGCAGUUUUGCACUGGGCCAAAGGGAAAACCUAUUUUCUCGAAAAUUAAAAGGACCGAUUUUUAUUUGGUUAUUUGUGCGGACGAAGAAGCUCAAGCUCGCCAGAGCUGCUCCUGGCUUCCUGACUGCAGGUACAGAAAAUUCUGUGUGACGGACCGGAUUAGGUGCCGCAUUUGCCUUGUGUAGCCAAAAGAAUGCUAGCACUGUCGCUGAGCCCUGUGACAGCAUCGGCGAAGAGUGGAGUUUAUGCAACUGAUUCAUCAUGCAGGAGGCAAUUCAGCUUGACAAAGAGAACAUUCGCCACUUCAGGGUCAGAUGGACAGUCUCAUCAGUGUCAGUGCAUGCAGAGUUUUUCCUUUUCUGCCAACGUUAUUGCAACGAGACGAAGAGAAGUUGUAGUCAGAGCUGGAUGGCUGUUUAAGGGGGGUGAAAAGGGGUUGGAUGCGAGUGCAGAGCAGAGUGAGAGUGCCAAUGAAGAUAUACUCAUGUUCUUUUUUCAGAUGGACCUGACAACUCGUGUACAGUAUGCGCUGAAUUUGGAGCAGUAUGAUAUUGCACAACAACUGAGAAACAAGCUUACCGAGGUUGAAGCGGAAGUUAUCAAGCAGCAAGAAGCUAAAAGGGGAUCCUCUUCAAAGAGUGAAGCUCAAGAUAAGGCCAUAAGCAUCAUCCGUUUACGUGCAGAUUUGCAGAAAGCAGUUGAGACAGAGGAUUAUGCAUUAGCCUCUAAGUUGCGUGAUGAAAUUUCUACUUUGGAGGCAGAUUCAUUGGCUGCGUCAGCCAAAGCUCUGGCUUAUGAGAAUGCACAAUAUGCUUUUCGUUUGGGCCAGAAAGUGAAGCAUAAAGUAUUUGGAUAUCGAGCUGUUGUCUGUGGAAUGGAUCCUGUGUGUUGUGAAUCGAAUUCAUGGAUGGAAGCUGCCCAGAUUCAGAAGUUGGCUAGAGGUUCCAAUCAGCCAUUUUACCAGGUUUUGGUUGAUGUAUACGAGGAUCCGAACUUACUAGUAACAUACGUACCUGAGGAGAAUUUGGUAGCUCCUGACCAGCCAGACAAGGAUAGGUUUGACCAUCCCUAUAUUUCCAUUUUGUUUUACGGGAUGGAUGGCGCUGGAGAUUUCAUCCCAAUCAAGCAGCUGCGUGAAAAGUACAGUCAGCCCCGUCAUGAAUUGCCCGUCAAUCCAGAAGAUCAAAAGGAUGGAGACAAUGCCUGAAUGGGUGAUGAGGAGCUGCUGCUUGCCACUGUAUCUAUCCAUUCGUAUUCAGGUAGCUUCAUGUACCUCGAGUGGACAUAGACCGUGUUGAUACGGAGCUCCCAGUGCUGUGGGUGUCAUACUGCGACCAUUGGGGCGAAGUAGGAUGCUUUUUGCUCUUAGCUCGCGGUUGUUUCACUGUGAGUAACUCUGAAUGGCGUCGACAACAUUGGUUCGCUAGUUGCUUGCUUGUAUGUAGUUACUACUUGAGCGUCGGUGCUAUCAUGUUAAAGUAACUUCUUUCGUCCAGACUCGAAUGUCGAAUAUCACUAGCUUUGCCAGAUUAAGUUUGUCA